AGAGGACCACAGGCCGGGAGAUGAAUAGUGACGGCUUUUUCCGCUCAUCGGAUAGCUCGCCUCACUUUAACACACAUAUACUUUCUCCAUUUUUGUGUUGAGGGUUGAGGGCUAUGUGUGUGCGCACGUCAGAACAGAGGAAAUGAAAGUGUGAAAUAUUUAGGUUGUGAAAGGAGUAGUUUUUAGUCAGUGUCUAUCCGCUCGCUUCACACUUACAAUGAAGCCGACGAUCUGCCUUCCUUUCUGCGUGACGCUUAUCCUGAUUUGUCUCAAUGCAGUAACAAGCCAACAUUCUUCAAGCUGCUGUUUAAAGACAAAUAACAACAAAAUACACAUGAGAAGAGUGAAGGAUUAUAGGAUCCAGAAAGCAGGAAUUUGCCCGAUCGAUGCCAUUGUCUUGAUGACAGUAAAGGGGAAAGAAAAAUGUUUUGAUCCAAAGUCAGACUGGGCCAAAAAUGUCAUGAAGACGGUGGAUGAAAGGAAAACGCGGACAACACAAAACCCAAAAGCCUCGCCGGACCAACGUCAGAAGAAAAAUGGUAGAAAAGGCCGUAAACAGAGGAAGAACAAAAAGACAUAAAUAAAAUAAUAUUUUUUUAAGUAUAGUUUGGUCUGUGUAGCUGGUUUAUAAAUUGACCUAAAAUUAUAAUAUCCUAUAUAAAAUAUUUAAAAAAUAGUGUUUUAUGCUAAAAAUUGUAGAUGUUUUUGCUCCGUUUUCUCCCUCUACUAUCUGAAAGUAAUAUAUUUUAUGUUUUUUACAUGUUUUCGGAAUUAAGAGGUUGUUUUCCAGACAGGGCUUAUCUUAGUCCCAGACUAAAAUGCAUGUUUAAACUGCCUUAAUUUAAAACCAUCUUGCCAUAUCUUAACAUAUUUCAAGGACAUUGUUUUGUCUCAAGAUGCACACCACAGAUGUUUUUCAUAAGCUAUAAAUGUCCUAUAACUAAGGCCUAGUUGAUUAAUCUAAAAUCUGUUAGGGAAAUAUGCCCCUUAAUGUUUUAUGUAAUGUUUUUUGUUUGUUUUACGUAUUGUAUGUCAUAUAUAAUUAUAUUAUAAGUUAAUACAUUUUAUUUUGUGCAGAACUGUGCAGACACUUUGGUAUUAAAAAAAAAGGUUUACAAAGUCACGCUGUGUCAGGUCUGUUUUUUGUACACUUGCAAUACUUUUUAAUUUAGGAGGACUCAUUUAAAGCAGAAAAUGGAUUAUCUCUGAAUCUCAAUCGGCAUUUCCGGCCUGCCACCUAAAUAAGCAGAACAUAGUGCAGGGUUUGGACUGUUAGGUUUAUUAUCAAUCAUAUCCAAAAAUGCUUUCAUUUUGACCACUAGGAGGGGAUAUAUGAUAAAAAAUUCACAAAGAAAACUCCUUUACCUAGUGUCAUGCUAUUUUAUAUCUCUUAACAGAGGUCUAUUUGGUACCACACUUAUAGGCCAAGAUAUUGAUGAACAUCUUUUGUUGAUUUUGUAUGGCUAAUAGAUUUUUAUAAAAAAAAAAACUUUCACAACGGGGUGUAAAUACAUCUUCAGGAUUGGGGAGUCAAAAGUCAUAAUUUAAGACGAUUUAAAACUGAUACUGGGUCUUCAUAAUCAUGCACCCAGCCAAACCAGAUCCUAGUCCGACUAGUUUAUAAUGCAUGACAUUGCACAACAGCACUAUCAUAUCCUAAUUGACCGCAGUCAAGUAAUACAGAAGUAUUAAAUGUGUUAUAACAACUGUUUAGAAUGCUAUGCAAUGUC